AGUUGUUUAUCAGUUUCUCUCUUUUAAUACAUUUGUUUGACAUUUCAAUAAAUUAUUCCUUUUUGUUGUAGUCGUUCUUUGUUUGGAAAUUCGUAAUAAUAUAUACCAUGCGGAAAGUACAUAUAAACAAAAUUCUAACCUUUAGCGUGCUGCUGCUGUUGCUGGUCAAAGUGCAGGCCUAUGACAAAGAAAUGACGGUGCAUGUCGAUGCGGGCAAAAAAGAAUGUUUCUUUCACAAUGUUAAACUUGGCGAAACCAUAGAUAUAGAAUAUCAAGUGAUAGACGGUGGUCAUGGUGAUUUAGAUAUCAGUUUUUCAUUGGCCGAUCCCAUAGGCUUAAUAAUUGUCACCGACUUUAAGAAGCCGGAAAAUAUACACCGUCAUGACGUACAAAAAGAGGGGGAUUAUAGAUUCUGUUUUGAUAACACUUUCAGUACAUUCAACCGUAAGACGGUAUUCUUUGAACUGAUAGUAGAGAAGGAAGGUGAACAGAAUUUGGGGGAUGAUCAGUGGAAUGAUGUGCUAGAAGGUUUAACGCCCGAGGAGUAUUAUGAAAUGAAGGUACAGGAUAUUAUGGACUAUGUGGGUCGCAUACGUAUGCAAAUGACCAAGGCUAGACAAAUACAGGAUAUGUUGAGAUCUCAUGAGGCCAGAGAUCGUAAUUUAGCUGAAAGUAAUUUCAGUAAAGUAAAUACCUGGUCUCUCUUUCAAAUUUGUGCCAUGGUGGCAGUGGGCCUGUUACAAGUCUUCCUAGUACGCAGUAUAUUCGAUACCAAUACACGCAUGAGCAAAGUUUGGCAAAAGCUACGUCUGUGAAAGUUUAAACUAAAAUGUUUUCUAUUGAAUUUAUUAACAGAACUGUUACAACGAGAUUUUUUUUUUUCUAACAACCGCGCAUUGUCCUCAUAAUUAACCCCUUGUCUAAUACUAACUUGCCACAAUCCUUAACCCUUUACAUUUUUUCUCUAAACCACUUUAAACCAAAGAUUUUUAUUAAACAAAAAAAA